UUAUUAAGUAAAAGUAAAAUAAAAUGGCUAAACUUAUAAAUAAUGUAUCAGUUUGUUUCUUCUUCCUGUGUUUGGCAGCCAUUGCCCCAAGGUUGCUCGCACAUUUGCAAGAAGAGGCUGCCCCCGACGUCCCCGUUUCCGCCGAAGUUGGCGUGCCUGAAAACUCCCCGAAGGAGGCAGACAAAGUCAUAGUGGGAAGUGAGGAUACGCCACUGGACCAAGUAGAGGCGAAGAAGGAGCCUGAAUCUGAAGUUGAAGAGCAAGGAAACGGUGAGACAGAGGCAGAAGGGCCAACCCAAGACUCCAGCAGCAGCAGCGGCAGCUCUUUCCCCGAGGCUGAGAAACAGGCUGACGCGCCAAGCCCAUUCUCCAGCUUUUUCUCCAACAAGUUGGGUAGAUUUUUCCCUUAAAAUAUAAAUUCUUCCCUGCAACUUUGUAUGGGAUUGUUAUAAGUGGUCGAAAUAGUAGACCACAAGAUUUUUGUAUCCGAAACAGUGGACAUGAUCUUUGUACAUUGUUCCUCGAUAAU